AUGAAUAGACUGUAGAAUUUUUUUUAGCUUAAUAAAAAAGCGAAUAAAAAUAAAACAAAACACUAUGUCACAUUGACUUUAUACUUUCAAAUUUGUUUUACUUUAAUUUACUAACAGUAUUUUUGUAAGAAUAUUAGGUUAUUAAACACACGGAAACGAAGGCUGGUCAUUUAAAACUUCCGUCGUUUGGCGGAAGUGACAAAAUAAAGUAAACAGAAGCUGUAGACUAUUUAUGAAUAAAGCUAAUUACUCUUUUUCUUUUAAAAGGGGCUAUUCUAAAAUACAUUUGGAUAAAACACUUAAGUGACAAGUUUAUGACGAAGCCGUGUUACGUCUUACAAAAGGGACAGUUUUCCAGGGACAGGGGUGACACUGUCCUGCAAUGUUCACGGACAUGGACUAUGAAUUGGAGGAAGACAAGCUUGGGAUCCCAACAGUACCUGGAACUGUGACUCUGAAAAAAGAUGCUAAUAAUCUUAUUGGCAUUAGCAUUGGUGGUGGGGCACAGUACUGUCCCUGCCUCUAUAUUGUCCAGGUAUUUGAUAACACUCCAGCAGCUCUGGAUGGGACACUGGCUGCAGGUGAUGAGAUCACAGGUGUUAACGGGAAACCAGUAAAAGGAAAAACAAAGGUGGAGGUGGCCAAGAUGAUUCAAGCUGUCCAGGAAGAGGCAGUAAUCCACUACAACAAACUUCAGGCUGACCCAAAACAGGGGAAAUCUCUGGAUAUAGUGCUGAAAAAAGUCAAACAUCGCCUCGUGGAGAAUAUGAGUUCAGGCACAGCAGAUGCUCUCGGGCUCAGUCGAGCUAUUCUGUGCAACGAUGGCCUCGUCAAAAGACUGGAGGAGUUGGAGAAAACAACCGAGCUCUACAAAGGGCUGAUGGAGCACACCAAGAGGCUGCUCAGAGCUUUCUUUGAGCUUUCUCAAACUCACAGAGCGUUCGGAGAUGUGUUUUCUGUUAUCGGUGUUCGAGAGCCCCAGGCUGCAGCCAGUGAGGCGUUUGUAAAGUUCGCAGAUGCUCAUCGUAACAUUGAGAAGUACGGCGUACAGCUACUGAAAACCAUCAAGCCUAUGCUCCAUGACCUGAACACGUACCUCCACAAGGCCAUACCAGACACCAAGUUGACCAUCCACAAGUACCUGGAUGUAAAGUUCGAGUAUCUGUCAUACUGCCUGAAGGUGAAGGAGAUGGAUGAUGAAGAAUACAGCAGUAUUGCCGUAGGAGAGCCGCUGUACCGCGUCAGCACCGGUAACUACGAGUACCGUUUGGUGCUGCGGUGUCGGCAGGAGGCUCGUGCCCGCUUUGCUAAAAUGAGGAAGGAUGUCUUGGAGAAGAUAGAGCUGCUGGAUCAGAAACACGUUCAGGACAUCGUCUUCCAGCUGCAGCGCUUUGUCUCCGGCAUGUCUCAUUACUACGAUGAGUGCUACGCCGUUCUGAAGGAGGCGGAUGUGUUCCCCAUUGAAGUGGACCUUUCCCGCACUAUGUUCAGCUACAGCAGCCAGUCACUCACGUACACAGACGAAGAUGAAGAGGACGGAGGAGGCGAAGAGGAAGGAGGAAGCAGACAAGCAGAGAACGGCGCAGAGAAACUGAUUGAUGAUGAAUGAGACUGUGUGUGUGUGUGUGUGUGUGUGUCAGUUCAGCCUCAUAAUAUCAGAUCCAUUUAAAGUCAUUACUCUCCCUAAAAAUGUCCUUUUCAGUGGAAAAGCAGCUGAAAUUAUUAAUGUUGUCACAUCAGAGAAUAUGACUUAUAGUUGCUGCUAUGAUGCUGUAUGUUGGUCUUUUUUCCUCUUUCUGGGUAUUUUAUCAUAUUAUUUCACUUUUGCUAAAUUUAAUUUAGCUGUCUCUUUAAACGUUUAUUGAAUUUUGACAUUGUUACGACAGACUUCACAUCAGAAGGUUAUUUAAUGUGAGUGCUGUAUUUCGGGUUUUAGUGCUGCAGAGUGGAUCUUUACAGGGUGUGCCUUCUUUGCUUUGUCUUUAAUGACGUCUGUGGGUCUGAGCUGACUCAGUCUCCAUAAUACUGAAUGUUGUACCCUUAUAUUUAUUUAUUUUCUAUUUAGCUGCUUAAAAUGUUAUUUUCUAAAUGUCACAGGGAACAUUUGUAAAUGUAAAAAAACACCUAAAAAGAAUCACUAAUCUUUCAAAAACAUGAAGGUCUCUGACAAUAAUGAAAAUUGAUGGAAAAUUUUAUGAAGUUUUUGUCAUGCAGCUGUUACAUAACUGUUUUUUUUUUCCUUCUCAAUAUGAUUUAGGUUGAUUUUUAGAUGCUUUACAUUUACAGUCCAUCUAAAACUGCUUUAACACGGAGGAUUUUACCCCACACACUCACCUCCAGAUGAAACAACUUUUCCAGCACAUGACUGUAUUUCUAACUUCCUCUCAACUCUGUUCUUGUACAUUCCUGCUGUUUCCUGAAUAUUAAGGGUUUAAUUUAGCAUGAAAAAACACAUGAACACAUCUCAGAGCUUUACUCUACUGUGGACACUACAUGUUAAAAAGAAAUGGUGAUGUAAUAUUUCUUGUAAUUUCUUCAUAUUUAUUCUUUUUUUCAAAUUGUAUGUAAAAUAAAUUGUAUUUAAAAGUUA